CACAGGAAAAUUACGAUGCCACACAGAUGUGCUGUUCCUGGCUGUGGUCAAACAAAACCUCUGAAUAAGCUGCCGAAAGAUCCAGACGUCAGGGAAAAAUGGAUGCAGUUUAUUUUUUAUGGACGUCCCAGUCAUUUUAAGGAUGACUGUUUUGAGAACAAAUCUCAAUAUGAUGCUGGCUUUGCCAGAAGACUGUUGCUCAAAGAUAAGUCCGUGCCGACUAUUCUGGGAACAACGACGACGCAAACUCUUUGUCAUGAUCGUGGUUAUUUAGUCACUCAAGAUGAAUUGGAUCAGACUCUUGAGGAGUUCAGAAGUCAGUUUGGAGACAAACCCAGUGAGGGUCGACCACGACGAACAGACCUCACGGUUCUAGUCGCCCACAACGACGAUCCAACCGACCAGAUGUUUGUGUUCUUCCCUGAGGAACCGAAGGUUGGCAUCAAAACAAUAAAGAUGUACUGCCAACGUAUGCAAGAGGAGAACAUCACACGGGCCAUUAUUGUAGUCCAGAUGGGUAUGACCCCAUCAGCCAAGCAGUCUCUGGUAGACAUGGCACCGAAGUACAUACUUGAGCAGUUCCUUCAACAGGAGCUUCUAAUCAACAUUACCGAACACGAGCUUGUUCCUGAACACAUGGUGAUGACUAAAGAGGAAGUGACCGAGCUGCUGGCGCGGUAUAAACUAAAGGAAAGCCAGCUGCCCAGAAUUCAAGCAGGGGAUCCUGUGGCCCGAUACUUCGGCUUAAAAAGAGGCCAGGUUGUUAAGAUUAUCAGACCUAGUGAGACGGCCGGGCGGUACAUCACUUACAGAUUGGUCCAGUAAUGGUUUUGAAAGUAAUAUCUGCCAAAAUGCCUCUGGUGAACUACAGCAAUGUUAUGAAGUCUUGAGUUAAUAUGAAAAUGUGGUAAUUUUACAGUGGUUGCUAUAUAGGUUCAUUCAUUCGUAAUUAUUUAUGGUAGUUGUAGAAUGAUGAUAUUCAUAGGUUUUUAGAGACUCUUGUUUGAUCUUUUUAACAGGUUUGUAAUAUUUUCUCAGACUGAGCUUUGAUCAGCCCUGUUAUUCGAACCAUUUUUAUUCCUUUUCUCAAUAAAUAAUUGUUACUCUGACAAGUUAUGUAUAAACAAAUACUUAAAUGUAUCAUCUACGCUUAUAAAAUGUUCUAGAUAGAGAAAGAGAACUCACCUUCUUCCAGAAAGCCAUAGUCACUAGUUUAAAUGAAAAGAGGGAAGUAUGCACAUGGUCGAUCAGUGCAACAUAACUAUGAACUAGAGUUUCAAACUGUAAAACCCUCCCUCAUUGGUGAUGUGGUGUCAAAUGUAAUUUGCAUGUGAUGCAAAUAUCUUACCAACCAUAGUUAUACAAGCAUUAUAAAUGGUCCAGUUGUUUUGCAUGUUACAAACAUUUAUAUAUUGUUGUUUUGAAAUAAUCCAUAUUUUCUUUAUUAAAAAGCACAAACAGAUAAAAUGUAUGAGAAAUUGCAACGUCACACCCAAGUAUAUUAUCUCAUGAUACAAUAUGCCAUCAUAACUUCCCUAAAAAUAUUGUGUACCACUGUAAAAUAAAGUAUUUUAAAAACCAUCGAUUCAAAAGAGAAAUGUCUUCAGCAAUUUGAGAUAAAAUGAUUAUAUAUUAAAAAAUCUUUCAUAAGAUAAUUCAUUGCAUUUCAACAAACCCUGGCUUUGUCCUGAAUUUAGUAUUCCACUCCCACUCGACUGGCUGUG